AGGCACCUGGCAAGCAUGAAGCCACGCCUGCACCACGACGACGUCGCCUGGGAGAAGGCUGAAGCCAUCACCAAUGCAUGGGUUCAACAGUUCUUCGACCCCAAGAUUCUGCAAUCCGUCGCGCAAUUCCUGUCAAGACACCAUGGCCCUGGGAAGAUUGAUGAGUUUAGCUAUCUGGAGAAAGGCUCGUACAACAUCACCUUCCAGAUGAAGAACAAGAAUGCAAACUCUACAGUCAUACGGUUCGUCCAGCCAGGAUCAAUCAUGUUCCCCGAAGAGAAAGUACGCAAUGAAGUGGCCAUGAUGCGAUACAUCAAUGAUCAGACUGCCAUUCCUAUUCCUUUCGUGUGUCACUGGGGAUCGAGGGAAGAAAGUCCUCGGGGACUAGGCCCGUUCAUCAUCAUGGAAUACGUUGAGCAUAAGACAAACAUGUAUGAUGUUCUCAAUAGGCCUGGUUGUCCUCGCGAAGAGCGUGGUGUACUUAACCCCGAUAUCCGUGAGGCCAGGCUGGAGGCGUUGUAUGGAGAGGUUGCAACCGUUUUACUGGAGCUUUCCAAAACAAAUUUUCCCCGGAUAGGGUCACUGAAACAGGUCGAUGAUUUCACCUGGGAAGUAACCAAGAGACCCUUGUCAAUGUCUAUGAAUAGUCUGAUCCGACUGGGUACGCUACCUCGAUCAAAACUUCCUAACACGACGUUUGAAGCCACAUCUUCAUAUUUCGAAGCAUUAGCAGAACUUCACAUUGCACACCUCAUCAACCAGCGUAAUGAUGCGAUUGAGUCAGCGGACGACUGUCGACGGAAGCUUGUUGCUCGAUUCCUUUUUCGAAAACUCGCCAGAGAACAUCAUUUAACAAAGCCGUUGGACGCCUUCGAUAACGGCCCGUUCAAGCUUUGGUGCGAUGACUUCCGCCCAGCUAAUAUCCUCCUGAGCGAAGAGCUGAAGAUCGUCGGAGUUUUUGACUGGGAGUUCACAUACGCCGCGCCUGUUGAAUUCUCAUUUGCACCUCCAUGGUGGCUGCUAAUUGAGAAGCCCGAAUACUGGCCACAGGGUCUUGAAGACUGGUGCAGUAAAUAUCAACGACGUCUUCCCACCUUCCUCAAGGCGAUAAGAGACCAGGAGGAUAGAGCAAUUGAGCAGGGGUGGUUGGACAGUACCCAGCGGCUGUCUGGUCAUAUGAGAGACAGCUGGGAGAGUGGCGAUUUCUGGAUAGCAUAUGCAGCGAGGAAUAAUUUUGCCUUUGACUUGAUAUACUGGCAUAAGAUCGAUCAGCGAUUUUUCGGAUCGACGUCUAUUCCCAUCGAUGAUGUUUGGAAACAGAGACUGGUCAUACUCGAGCCUGCAGAGAGAGCUGAGAUUGAACAAAUUGUGGCGAUCAAGGUUGAAGAGAUGCAGACACGACCUGCUUGGGAUCCGGAUGGCUACACCAGGGAGGUCGCAGAUACCCUCUGCGACAACGCAGACAACGAACCUGAAAGGGAACCGUCCGAGUAUGCACCAGAUGAGAGAAUGUAUGCCGGCCCGACAACGCUGGAAGAACUGUCUCUGGUCGGUGAUGGUUCGUUUAUUGUCUUUAACAAGCUUCGAAGCAAAGUAUAUUAGCAGUGUAGUUCCGAAGCAGAAUGAUUAUAUGUUCUCUCAAAUAGCUUUCCCCAAAAAUUUACAUUGACCAGA